GAUCGACUUUUAUUUUCAGGGACGCAGGGUCGUAUUGAGAUCAAUGCCUUCGUUUGGGUUCGGGGAUUUUGAUUCAUGUGGGGAGGGGUUUAUGCUUUGGAUAUAUUUACAGAGCUCAGCCUUGCUUGAGACUGCGCGGUAAGUUCUCGGUGCGCAACUACCGACAAUGAAUUCACGGAUGAACGAUCGAUGAAGAUAUAUUCCACAAUAGAAGAUACAUGAGUUACUCUGCAGGAAGAUAUAAAUGGGAAGUGCUGCGAUACCUGACAAAGAAGGAGCUGUCUCGCUUGACUUUAACCUUAAUUUGUCGUCCGAAGGCUAUGUCUCCUUCGUCUUUCCAACUCGAACAAACAUCCCCACGCACAGUCUUCCGCAACAGCAUUGUGAUCGAAAUAUCACCAAUGAAACCAUCUGAUGAUAUCUUUAUCACGGCACCGUUGACGUCUCAAAUCGACUGCCGCAGCCUUUCCCAGCCGUGCUAUUCAAACUCUCUCUCGCAUUUAGCCGCGACCCUUGGUGACGAAUACCAUACAUCGGCAGGCGCAGCACAUCGUGCACUUGCACUUGUCAUCCUGCAGCGAGCCAAGAUAAUGGAUAGCAAGAUACCACGGGGAGUGGGGGCGAUGUUGUGGGCGAAAGGAGGCAGCAUGGAAGGGCGACAAGCAUCGUGAACCUCCGACGAAUGUACAACCCCAAAUACACCAAACGCAUACCAUACUUGGACGAAAACAGCAGCGCACCAUACUCUCCAAUAUCUCACUGCUGCUUGAGCUUUCGAAAUCUGCGAUCCAGCUCUGCUCGGUGUUGGGGCUGGGCCUGGGGAUGUUUUGGUGUGGAAUCUUCGUCUAAAGGUCCAGGGAGAUACGGCCGUAUUUGAGUUCGUCGCGACUUUCGAACACGGCACAAGAGGCUCAAUUCAACGUUGGACGGCGUCGCCGGGCGUUCAGCCAUCCCGUCACUGUGAACCUUUUCUCCAGGAAGUCAUGACUCGCAGUACGUAUUCGACCCAAUCAAUACCCAGCAAAAGAAAACUUCGGAACGGAAAGGACCAGCGUGUCAGUCAAUAUUGCUUUUUGGCUUGGAAAUUCCACGAGGCUCUGUUCCAUCAGUCUGUCUCUCA